AUGUCCCUCCCUGCCAUGCCCAGCUCUGACAAUGACCCCCCUGAUGCCUCCAUCCGCGUCUACCCUCGCCGUCGACACAGCGUCCAGCGGCCCAUGUCGGCAGUGGAAGUGACGCGUAGCGACCUUGAGAGUCUGUUUCAUGUCAAGCAGGAGCAAGCAGCCGCCUCGCUGGGCUUGUCGCUGACGGCCUUCAGAGGCGCCUGCCGCCGUCUCGGGAUCACGCGCUGGCCUUACAACAAGGGGAAAGAAGCUUCUUCGCUACGGAGGAUAGGACGGGAAGAAGGCAGCGGCAGCAACAGUGACGAGGGCGAGGGCGAGAGCGAGGGCGAGGGCGAGGAGGGGACAGGAGCUGCUCGAGGCAGCAGGGGUCACGAAGGGCUUUCGCGCGCGUUCAUCGAGUGGUUCCUGUCAAGACCGAACGAGAUGGAGGAGGACUGCUGGGAGAGCCUGAGCUUCCAGCGUGGUAGCCGUGGGCUCUCUCAGCUUGUAACCUCGACUGAGCCUCAGAUGUACAGAGGUGGGACCGUGAGAUAA